AUGAAUUUCUUGAUUAGUUAGAAUAUGGAAAGGUCUUAAAGUGAAUUAAAUUCUCUUAAUUUGAUUAAAGGGCAUAUUUAGAUUGUUUAAGCAAGUAUUACUUAAAAUUUUGGUAAAAUAUUAAAUAGUCAUAAUAAUCUUCUUGCCAAAUUUUUUGGUUUUAGCUCUUAAGAGUUUAAGUCGAUUAAUCAUAUAAAAUAACUUAUGCCUUAGUAUGUUGCGUAAGUCCACGAUGAACUUAUAAAUGCUUUUAUUAUUCGAGGACACAGCAAAUUUUUAGAAGAAAACCAUCAAGUAUUUUGUAGAAAUAAAUAAGGAUUCUUUGUCCCAAUCACUCUAUAGCUAACUCUCGUUUAUGGAAUAACUGAUGAUUUGUAAAUGAAUGCUGUCCUUUUAAAACUAGAUUCAAAUACUUCAUAUAUUACAUUUAACUAAAUUGGAGAGAUAGUAGGAUUUAAUGUUAACUUUUUUAAUCAUAUUUUUGGGUUAGAAACUGCUACAUAAGAUUUAGAUUAAGAGAAAAUAAGCUUAAAGAAACACAUAGAAUCUUUGAAUGUUUUUAUUCUUAUGCCUCGAUUAGCGAAAAUAGUACUAAAAUUUCUGAAAUCGAUAAAUUUGAAUAAAUUAGUGGAUUAAACUGAGCCUAUAAUCUAAAAAUAAUAGCUUUGCAGAUAAAAAAAACUGAAUUUAUUUUUACUUUAAGAUUUAUUGGAAUUUAAUCAGAAUUCUUUACUUUAAAAUAUGAUAAAUAUUGAUUAUUACAAAAAUACCAAUUAAACUAAAGGUUCUGAUAAUUAACUUUCAUUUUUAGAAAAGUAAAUCUAGCUUGUAAGUUCAUUUAUUAAUUUUUAUAAAGAAAAUAUCGAGAAAUGGUAAGAAAUAAAUUGCUACACUAUGUUUCAGGGACUUGGUAAUUUGGUUGUAAAUUCAAUUAAAAGAACUAGAAAGCUUACAGACAAUGUAUUGGAAGAAUAUGUAUUUGAGCUUACAUUGUCAGAUAUACAAUUUGGUGGCUAUGAAAAUUAAAAGAAAAAUAGUUAAAUUUCUAAGAAGUAAAGGUUUGAAGAAUUAAAUUUUUUGAGGAUGAUGUCAUAAGACGUUACAACGUAAGGAUAUUAAUAAAAGUCUAAUUUUACAACUCCAAAGAAUCAAAAAGACCUUUAUGUAAUUAAAAAAACUAAUAGUUUAUGUAGCUAUGAUUAUUCUUAAGAUUCAUAGUUUGAUUAUUAAUUAGAAUAAAAUAAAUAAUCAACAAUGAACAGCAAUAACAAAAAUAUUCAUGAUUAAAGUGUCAAAUAAAAAAAUGAUGAUUUUUAGAAAUAAUUUCAUAAAGAUUUAAAAAUACAAUAUAACCAAUCUAAAUUUAGUAAUUAAUAUCACAUUGAGAAUUCAAUAAUUUCAUCAGAGUAAGCUUAGAUAACAGAUUACUAAUAUUAGAUUGAUAAUAACAAAUGUAAAAUUUUAACUUCCUAAAGAAUGUAUAACAAUGAAAAUCAAAACUCAUUUUAUUUAAUGAAAGAUUAAUAGAGUGAAUAAUAGCUCAAUGAGGAUGAUAAAUAAAAUGAAGAAGGUAUUUAAGACAUUUUAAUGAAAAAUUAAGAAACCUUAGAAUAAAAGUUUAACAAUCAUUAAAUUUAACUGUCUUAAAAAGAAAAAAAGUUCAACUCAGUUUAAAAACACUUUAUAAAUCAGUAAUAAACUUUAGCAGUUUCGUCAAAAUAUAACUAACAGACUUCUAAAAUCGAAUCAGAAAAUAAUGAAAAUUAAGAUGAUUUUAAUCAGAUUUAGGAAACAAACUCAAAUUUGGAAACAUUUAAAGAAAAUCAAAUAAUAAAUAAUAUAAUUUUUUAGUAGCUGACCAUAGGUUCAUAAAUAAGUCGUUUUUUAUUGGGUAAAUUAAUUAAUUGA